GGGCCGAACGUAAACCCGGAAGCGGUCACCGUGGUCUUCCUGACUUCCCUGGCUCUUUUUGCACCGCAGUACCCUGAAGAAUAAAUCCGUGACCCCCCUUAUCCCCCCUUUUAUUUUACCGAGCUCACCCACCUCGUCUGGACCCCUGGAACUUUAACGGCUACAUCCGGGACACUACGAUGAGGCUCCUGCUGCUGCGGUCGGCUGCGUCCGUGACGACCAGGUCGUUUUGCUCGGGGGGCGUGUCCAAGCCGGGCCGGGCGCCGGACAUGGCUGAAGGAAAUCCCCUUUUGCACGUGUCUAAUGUACGAAACAGGCUGAGAGAAAUCGUGGGAGCUUCCACUAACUGGAGCGACCACCAGCAGGCCAUGACGGAGCGCGUGUCGCUGUCGUCCAUGUUGGCGAAGUCUCAAAGCGACCUGCCACCCAAGACGAUGAAGGACAGCUACCUGGAGGUGCACCUGCCUCUGGGCUCGGAACCACAGCUCAGAGAGAAAUACCUGACCUUCCACAACACUGUCAGGUUUGGAAGAAUCCUGGAGGACUUGGACAGUUUAGCAGUCCUCAUCUCCUACUCUCACACCUAUAAUCUGGCGCUGAAGAGGUCUCCGCUGUCCAUCGUCACCGCCCUGGUGGAUAAGAUCGACAUGAGGCAGCACACCAUCUAUCCUGACUGCGACAUCAAGUUCACUGGUCAUGUGACGUGGGUGGGGAAGACCUCCAUCGAAGCCAAGAUGCACGUGUCACAGUUCCACAACGGAGCUUAUUCUCCGGUUCUGGAUGCAACGUUCGUCAUGGUGGCCCGGGAUCCAGAGAACAAGAGGGCGGCGUUUGUAAAUCCGCUGAAGCCAGAAGGUCCAGAGGAGGAGAAGCUCUUCCAGGAAGGAGAAGCCAAUAAGAUCCGCCGCGUGGACCUGAGCACGGCGUCGCUGCUGAAGGUGGCGCCCACGGACGAGGAGAGGAAGGUGGUUCACAGUCUGUUCCUCAACACGCUGGACACAAAGACGGUCAGUUUCCGCAGCAGACUUCUGCCUCCGAACUCUGUGUGGAUGGAAGACGCCAAACUGAAAGGCCUGGAGAUCUGCCACCCGCAGGAGAGGAACAUCUUCAACAGGAUAUUUGGAGGUUUUCUGAUGAGGAAAGCCUACGAGUUGGGCUGGGCCAACGCCUGCUCCUACGGAGGAGGUCGACCCAGUCUGGUGGCCGUUGACGACAUCCUGUUCCAGAAACCCGUGGAGAUCGGCUCCCUGCUGCUGCUCUCGUCUCAGGUGUGUUACACACAGGGGAAGCACAUCCAGGUCAGAGUUCACAGCGAGGUGUUCGACCCGUUGACCCGUCAGCACAACACCACCAACGUCUUCCACUUCACCUUCGUCUCCGACAGCGACGCCCCCAACAUCAUCCCCAUGACUUAUGGAGAGUCGAUGCUUUAUCUGGACGGGAAGAGACACUUUAAUCAGACGGUGGAGCCGUGAACGCAACCGACCCCCCAACGCCUUUCAAUGUGUGUGUUGGGGGGGGGGGGGGGGGCAUAAUUAAUGCAGUUAGUACAGUAUACAUUAUUUCUUAAUUUUCUUUAUUUUUCUACAUCAUGCCUUGUUAAAUGUAAUCGUUUGACAACCAGUCGCCGUUUACAGUCAAAAGAAAACGGAAAAGAAACUUCAUUUAUUCCUGAUUCGCAUUGCUUUACAGUUUCUAAACAUGUUGCAUGUUUUUAUAUUCCUUUGCUGCUUCUUGUUUUAUUCUGAAGAGGGAUGAUGGCGCCAUUUUUUUCUGGCCUUCAGUUGUGUAUUUACUCAAAUGCAAUAAAUGAAUUCUUAUUUAUCAUGA